AUGUUAGCUGCGGUCUCUGUCUUCAAAGAGCUUGCGUGUAUUUCAGAAGGGAGGGACUUGCAGAUCCUCACAAGGAACUUCGCCUCCACUCAGUUAGAUGAAAAGGUAAUCCUUGGAAUAUUCGGUCCAGAGCUGGUUUAUCCUAAAAGGCUUCCUCUGAUACAGAAGCGAGAUGUUUGGCAGAGCCGUGGCGAUGACUUACAGGAAACUUAUGAAGAAGAACUGUUGUAUGAAAUAAAGCUAAAUAAAAAAAGCUUAAUACUCCACCUUUGCAAGAACAGGGAGUUCCUAGCCUCAAAGUACAGUGAGAUGUACUACUCCGCAGAAGGAGAGGAGUCAGCAGCCAUCCUCAGACCACGGUGUCUUGGGGGAUUCCUGUGUCUCUUCUCUGAAACUUCCUUCCUCGUGGGACUGCCAGACCUCCUUCCAGCUUUUGCAAGCAGCUUCCGAAAGUGUUCAAUCAAACAUGCACUCUGCGGCCUUCUAACCAAAGAUGACGUUAUUCUCCUAAUAAAAGAUCACUGCUUUUAUCAAGGAUCCAUCAUACAUGAGUUUGAUUCUGCUGUCAGUAUCAGCACAUGUAAUGGUCUGAGGGGGUUCUUCAGGGUGAGUGACCGAAGGUAUCUCAUUCAACCAGUGAAAUAUUCAGAUGAGGGAGAACAUUUGGUGUUCAAAUAUAACCCAAAGAUGCAGUAUGCUGCCAAUUAUUCUUGUACAGAGCUCAAUUUUACCAGGACAACUGUUCCAAGGGCUAACCCUAAAUCUAUGGAAGACUCCAAAGCGGAAAUAUUCCAUAAAGAGAAAUAUGUCGAACUGUUCAUUGUUGCUGAUGAUAACAUGUGUCGCAGGAAUAAUCAUCCUUACAGCAAACUGAGGAACUGAAUUUGGCGUAUGGUCAAUUUUGUCAACAUGAUUUAUAAAACCUUGGACAUUCAUGUGACAUUGGUUGGCCUUGAAAUGUGGACAAAUGGAAAUAAAAUAGAACUAGAUUCAAAUAUAGAAACUACCCUAUUGUGUUUUUCAGCUUGGCAAGAAAUGAUCCUUAAAAAAAGGAAGAAUUUUGAUCAUGCUCUGUUACUCAGUGGGAAGUGGCUCUGCACACACGCCCAAGGAACUUCUUAUCCAGGGGGUAUAUGCCUGCCCUAUUAUUCCUCCAGUAUUCUUAAGGAUCUUUUACCUGACCUAAUUGUAAUUGCAAGCAGACUGGCACAUCAGCUGGGGCAUAACCUUGGGAUGAAGCAUGAUGAAUAUCCGUGUGUUUGUACUUUGGAAAAAUGCACAAUGAAUAGUGAUGGAAGCAUUCCUGCACUAAAAUUCAGUAAAUGCAAUAGAGACCAGUACUUGCAACACCUGAAGGACUAUAAGCCAACAUGCGUGUUCAAUGUUCCAUUUUCUGAUGAGUUAAAUGAUUCCCCAUAUUGUGGAAACAAGAAGUUGGAUGAAGGAGAAGAGUGUGAUUGUGGUAAUUGCCAGGAAUGCACUAACCCUUGCUGUGAUGCAAACACAUGUUUGCUGAAGCCAGGAUUUACUUGUACAGAAGGAGAGUGCUGUGAAUCUUGUCAGAUGAAAGAAGCAGGGUCCAUACGCAGACCGGCACAUGAUGAAUGUGACUUUCCUGAACUGUGUACAGGCCACACUUGUGGCUGCCCUAAAGACCAAUUCCAAGUAAAUGGAUUUCCUUGCAAGAAUGCAGAAGGCUAUUGCUUCUUGGGGAAAUGUCCCACCCGGGAUGGCCAGUGCUCUGAAUUAUUUGAUGAUGAGGCAAAAGAUGGUCCUGAGAUCUGCUACAAGAUGAAUACAAGGGGAAAUAAGUCUGGAUACCACAAAAACAAGGAAAGCAGAUUGAGUCCCUGUGAAGAGAAAGACGCCAAAUGUAGAAAGAUACACCACACCGGAGGGCAACACUCCCCUCUCCUUGGAGAAGAAAAAACUUAUCAUUUUAAGACGGCUCCAAAGCAAAAUGACACUACUGAACGCAAAACCUUGUUUUUAUACCACAAUUCUAAAGAUUGAGAUUUUGGCCUGGUUGCUGCUGGAACAAAAUGUGGAGAUGGAAUGGUUUGUAACGAUGGUGAAUGUGUGAAUAUGGAAAAGAUCUACAAUUUAACCAAUUGCUCCUUUCAGUGCAAUGAAAAUGCUGAGGAUGGCCAUGACCUUGAGUGCCAAUGUGAGGAAGAGCGGGUACCCAUGGGCUUGGAAGAAACCUUAAAUGUUACCAAUAAUUCCAUCCUGGUUGUUGUGCUUGUCCUGGUUAUUAUAGGGGUUGGUGUUAUCAUGUUAUUAAUUCGUUACCAAAAAUGUGUUAAGUUGAAGCAGGUUCAGAGAUAUGCCCCGCCUAGAGAUACACAGGGAAUAGAGAAUAAAUCAUACUUUGGUGAUGAGCAGCAGACAAGGACUGAACCAAUAUUACCUGAUAUUCAUCCCUUACACAAACCUUCAAGUAAAGACCCCAGAGGAAUCACAGAUCCCAAUGAAAAUGACAAAGCGGUGGUGACUCCAUGCUUGCCCAUACUUCUCACCCUCGGCCCUCGAGACUCCACCUACACCCCUUUCCAAUGCGGCCAUUCUCUGCUGCAUUGGUAGGGAUUCUUCUGCCCAAUGCUUCCACAGAUGAGAAGGCCUCUUCACAGCGUGUUCCUACCGGUCCCCUUGUAGAGGAACCCCGUUCUCUCCCUGGUUACGGAGUCAGUUGUGACUUGUGGCCCUAAUACUUCUGACCCUUGUCACCUGCGGGGAUUUAAAUCCUUUCCCUAGAACACAGGAAAGUCCUCCUGUUGUGAAUGGAUAGACCUACAGUCUGGCUUCCAUACUGGCUAC